AGGAGUGACUGCAAAGUACAUCCGGUAUUGACGUGUUUUCACUCACAUCACGGUCACUAUAUAAGAAAGUCUGGAAUUACAUCGUAAAUCAUAUUAGUCACCUUGUAACAGAUUCCUUUACUCUUGUGCGAGCAAAAUUUGUUAAUGCAGUAAAGCAACAUGAAGUCAGUCCUAGUCUUCCUUGCCGCAGCCGGCCUUGUUGCCGUUAUGCAUGCUCGCCACCAUGGACCAGGUGGUUUUGGUGCUCAAUAUGGCGUUCAAGAAGGAGCUCAAAAUGGUUUCGGCGGCCCACAGGGUAGCCCGUCCGGACAGCAGCAAGGAGGUCAAAGCGGAUUUGGUGGACAAGCGGGCCAGCAAGGUGGACCCUUCGGUGCCGGUCACCAAGGUAUGGGAGGCCACCAAGGCAGUCAACAAGGUUUCGGCGGCCCACAAGGCGGCCCACAACAGCAAGGCGGUUUCGGUGGCUCACAACAGCAAGGCGGUUUCGGAGGCCCACAAGGCGGCCCACAACAACAAGGCGGUUUCGGUGGACCACAACAACAAGGAGGUCCCGGUGGCCCACAAGGUGGUCCUCAACAGCAAGGCAAUUUCGGAGGCCCACAAGGUGGUCCACAACAGCAAGGCGGUUUCGGUGGACAACAAGGCGGUUUCGGUGGUCCACAAGGUGGUCAGCAGCAGCACGGCGGUUUUGGUGGCCCACAACAGCAAGGCGGUUUCGGCGGCCCACAGCAGCAAGGCGGUUUCGGUGGCUCACAAGGUGGUCCGCAACAGCAAGGCGGUUUCGGUGGCCCGCAACAACACGGUGGCUUCAGUGGCCCUCAGCAGCAACAACAAGGUGGCCAACAAGGAUCCCAUCAACAACACGGACCCAACCAACAGGGGCCCAACCAGCAAGGACCCAACCAGCAAGGACCCAACCAGCAAGGACCCAACCAACAGGGACCCAACCAACAGGGACCCAAUCAGCAGGGACCCAACCAACAGGGAUCCAAUCAACAGGGACCCAAUCAGCAAGGACCCAACCAGCAAGGACCCAACCAGCAAGGACCUAACCAACAGGGACCCAACCAACAGGCACCAAAUCAGCAGGGACCCAACCAACAGGGACCCAACCAACAGGGACCCAACCAACAGGGACCUAACCAACAGGGACCCAGCCAACAAUUCCAAAGCCAACAGCGACAUAAUUUAUAGGGACGAAACCAUCACGGGUCCAUUCAAGAAAAAUCUGGUCAAGGAUUACCGUGAGGUGGUCAAUAGCGACCUCUGAACAGUAAGCGACCGUAUCUACUGCACCUACCAGCUGCAAUCAACCGAUAAAUGGUUUUACAUUAAAAUCAUCGCAGCAGUGUAUCUGUACGGCACUGUGUUUAUGCCAGCGUCAUUAACAUUUCUUUAAUACCUUUCGGCCAGUUGGCUGGAACGAUCCGAAGGCAGUAUCACGUAAUUAAAGGUACUUCUAGAACGAAA